UACAGAGUUCCGUAACUUCAUAAUUGAAUCUGCAUUUUAUUCGAGGAGAUGAUUUGAAUUCAUUUGCGAAAAUAAUAGAUGAAAGAAUAGAUAUUAUAUAGAUGGUAGUAAUUUUCUAUCGUAUGAAUAGUUUAAUGUCUGCAGGAUUAACUGAAGAGGCAGAACAUAAUUUCAGUUUUUGAGCCAUGCACUUACAGUAAAUAAGAAACGGAGAAUAUGUAUUCUACUUUUAAAAGGGGAUCAGUAAGCAGAGAUGGAAUUUUAAUUCGUUUGAAUUCUAAAGAGCUUUUAUGUAAAAACUAAAGGAACGUGAUCAACAUACUUAAAUAGAUAUACAUCAACCAGAACUGUAAUUACGGAGUGUGCGUGUAAUUGUUUAUACUUAUAUAGCUAGUAAGCAUAAAUAUAUUUUUAAGACUACGCGAUUGUGAAAUUAUAUAUUGUCAACUAUUCUGUUCAGCAUUACAGCAGUAGCACAAAUUGUAAUGAAUCAAUGAAAAUAUUCUACAAGUAUUUACUUGGGAAUAAUGACACUCAAAUAUCAAGAGACCUGUGCAUCAUGAAGAAAUAAGCGCAAUCGUUACAGAACAGAAGAGUGUUAACGCGACAUUCUUUUCAAUUUUUUUUUAAAGCAACGACAGAUCAGACUGAACUAGUUUAAAAUUGUAAUUAUGUUUCAGGGAUUAUUAGAUAAUUUCGGAGCAUGGAAUAUACUGUUUUGGGUGUGUGCUAUUACAUUUAUGGGCGGAUAGAGGCAACAUUAAUUACUGUCAAAGUUUAAUGUCCGCCGUUACAUGGAAAACGGGUUAAACCCAAAAGAAACAAGCAAAACAAAUUUUAAUGUAAAGAGGAGAGACAUUUUAGCGGUGUACUUUUUGUUUUGCUAUAUUUCAGGUUAUUUUACCAUCACAUUUUAUUGUUGACGGAAUAAGAAUUUAUUUUCGAAUCCAGAUAAAUUUCUUCAUGAUUUAAAUCAUUAAAGAUUUAAUGUAAAAUGGAGCUUAAGCAUAUGUACUUGUAUUUGAUUUUAGUGCACAUAGUAUGUCUCAUACGUAAAAUUCAAACAGCGAAGGAAUGUGUGUACCAAUAUGAUAUGAAACAUAACCGUGUUAAAAUCACCUGCGAAAAAGGUGCAGUGUUACAUAUAGUUGACCAAAACGGCAACACGUUACUUACCGGAGAAACCAGCAGCAGUACGGAUGAUAGUCCCGUUGUUGUACAACUUAAUAGAUCAAGCAUUUCUUCAUUGAAUGAUGAGGCACACAAGGCAACCAAGAAACUAAGUGAUGCCAGUAAACUGUUGAGGAAAGUACGUGAAGAUCUUACACUGCAGAUAAACAACCUCAUUAACCUGACAAGCCUUCUACAACGAGGAGAUGAUGAACUCAAAAAAGACCUAUUUACUUUGAGAAAUCAUGAGCUAACUUCACCUUUGGUGAGGGAAGCUAUAAUUGCAGCUCUACAGAACCAGUACAAUUUCCUGCGAAUGGGACUUCUAUCUCAGAACACUCAGAUGAACGAGUUGAUACGAACAACAAUGCGACUGACAACUUCCAUUAUGAAAACGGCACGUGGCGCACGAGGUGUCGGCGAAAUUCUUGAUCUUAGAGCUGACGUCAUGAAUGAAACGUUGUUCAACAUAACGAAGCUAAUGCCUGGAGGAUUCGAACAUGGAGCCUUUUUCGGGGAGAAAACAGUUUUCUGUCCUCAGGAAUUGAAGAAGAUUAGCAAGAAGGGAACCAGUGUGACAACAGGCGUUGAGCAGGGAACCAUCAUGAUAGACUCGCAUACCCCUGAUAAGAUUUGGGUCAUGUAUGGGUAUAUAAACAUCAACGAAGUGAUCGAAUACAAUUCUCUUAAAGGUCUGAAGUUCGAGCAAGUUGAUAAGACGUACGAGUUGCCCUUUUCUUGUGUGGGGACUGGCCACGUGGUAUACAAACAGGUUCUGUAUUGUCAGAAAAUGUUCACUAACAAGAUUGUCAAAUACAGUCUCGCAGAAUCUCGCUGGCUUGGCGAGAGGCAGCUGGAUAACGUGGGUGUUCAUGACACCUUUCCGUACCAGUCAGGAAAACACACUGAUUUAGACUUUGCCGUUGACGAAAAAGGGCUAUGGCUAAUCUAUGCAACGAAUUCUUCUCGGGGACAUAUCGUUGUAAGCAAAGUGAACGAAGAAGACUUGUCAUUUGAUAACACUUGGGUGACAGAAGUUAAAAAGAAAACAGUGGGAAAUGCAUUUAUUAUCUGCGGUGUACUUUAUGCUGUAGACGCAUUUGAUAAAGCUCCAACUUAUGUAAAAUAUGUAUUUGAUACGAAUACAGCCAACGGAAGAGGUUUGGAGCCGGGUGAUUUGCCUUUUGUGAACUCUGUAAGUAGCGACUAUGCAAGGGUUUACGGUCUGGACUACAGUCCCUCCGAUCAAGCUUUGUACUCAUGGAAUAACGGCCGUAUUGAAAUAUAUCCUGUGUCUUUUCUAGAUGAAAAUGAGCCAUGAAUAUUUGAUGACUGUUUCAGACGGCGUAUAUCAGAUACUCUAUGCUCUUAUGGCAGUGCGAUGAAAAUCACUCAUGGAUGGAUUGGAAUGAAUGAUAAAUAAAAAAAAAACUAAUUAAAGCAAUAAUGCAAUAAAACAUGAUACAAGAGGCAAUAAUUAUGAUAAAUUUGAUUUAAAUGCUGUAAAAUAUAUUAUAUAAUAUCGCGACUGUGAAUUCUGUAGAUUACGCACCACAAGAUUCAACCAUUGUCUUUGUGGAAUAUUGCCGCAUUGAAAAUGUCCUAUUUAUCAUCUAGAUAAGAUCAAGCAAUGCACAUUCGAUCAAUUUACAGCUAAUUGAAUUAGAAUGUUAUAUUUAUAAGGCAAUGAUUGAGGACUUCAUGCCCGAAUAACAAUGCUUCGACACAUAAAGGUAAUUGUAUGAAUUAUAAAUGAAAUACCCUGUGUUGCAGAAAGAUGAAAAUGUUCAGUUAAUGAAACAUCCUAUAAAGAAAAUUUAUUGAAAGUGCAAACAAGUAAAAUGAUUAAAAAAGAUUAUAAACGAUUGAACAUUGAAAUAAAGAGUCACAGAUAGAGAAAAAUAUUAGUAUACUAGUAUAAAAUGCUUGCCUUUUAAAAAGGUCGAUUUAUACUCAUAUCCAAACAUUUGUCAGAUUUUCAGUGUUUGGUCUUAAGGUAGUUCUGCACGUUUGGAUCGAACUUUUUUCUACAAUGUAGAAUUCGAUUAAACUCUGAUUUUUCAAAACUUCAUAAUAUACCUAGAAAAUUCAGCAAAUAAAAAAGAUAGGGUCGUGUGCUUGAUUUUUUGCUACACUGAUUUGAAAAAUUUGGACCUCAUGCAAUAUUUCAUAAUGGGAGUCUAUGGGAAAAUCAUAACUUUCAUAACAUUUUCAAAAAUAGAUUUUUUUCUACAAUGUAGAUUUUGAUGAAACUUCUCACGGUUGUUGAUAAACAUAUGGCCUAUAAUUUGGUGGAAUAAAAUAUAUAGGUCCCUGUGCUUAUUUUUGAGAUAUGUGAUCAUGAUUAAAGUGAACCGAACAUUUCACGCUAAUUUUAAAACAUUAUUUUGAUUUUUAACGCCUCAUAUGUUUUAAUAUCAUAUUUUGACUUUAGAAAUAUAGCAACAGUGCCAUUGUAAUUAAUUUACUCGCAGGCUUCGAUUAAUUCUUAAACUGAUUUUCAUUUCCGUACACCGAAUCCUGGCUUUAUUCUACGUUUUCCGGAUAAAUGACGUUACGCCAUCACUUCCGGUUUUUCAAACGUGCAGAACUACCUUAAAUUGUUUAUGACAUCACACUGUGAUAACGUCAUUGCUUGAUACGGCUUAGCGUAGGAGUCAAUAAGAAUGUUUAUAUUUCUCAAUUGACUGUGUUCACAACAACCAAACAGACUAUACAUAUAUAUUUGAUAAUAACGACAGUGAAUUUAAAAGUUAUCGCACGCCUAUUUGUUACCUAAGUUUAAUAAAGUCAAGAUUUUCCCAUGCUGACAUAAAGAUUUUAUAUCUGGUACCUGACGUGAUUUGUAACGUCAGUUUCAAAUGUAACAUGUCGUAAAAAGUUCAUGUAUGAAAAUAUUUACAAAUUUACACCAGAUAAAUAACACUUGAUAUCACUUAAUGGAUAAAACGUAAUACAACAUUAUUUAAUUGAUAUAAAGAAAUAUGCACUAUUUCUUUCGCGGAAUAAUAUUCAGCUGCUAAAGUCGCGCAACAUUUCUGCGGCAGAACUCGUGCAUAUUUCUCGAUACAAAUCUGAUAAACUUUGAUUAAUCAUUCCCGCAUACCAGAGGUCCAUCAUGGUUCCCCGGUAGUUCGUCUCUGGUACCAUGUCGAACAGCUGAUGAAUGAGAAUGUAAUUAAUAUGAGUGGAUAAUGAAUGGAUGAAAAGAUCGUACUUGCCGAUAAACACUUUAACAAAUGAGCCGCACCAUGAGAAAACCAACAUAGUGCGUUUGCGACCAGCAUGGAUUCAGACCAGCCUGCGCAUCCGCGCAAUUUAGUCAGGAUCUAUGCUGUUCGCUUUCAAAGCCUAUUGCAAUUAGAGAAAUCGUUAGCGAACAGUAUGGAUGCUGACCAGACUGCGCGGAUGCGCAGGCUGGUCUGGAUCCAUGCUGGUCGCAAAUACACUAUAUUGGUUUUCUCAUGGUGCGGUUCAAAUGUUCUAACGUAUAAUUGGAUAAAUUGCGAAUAUCCUUACAACGAGUAAAAAUAUAAUAUUGAAAUAUGGCAUACAUUGUUGCUGAAAGACCGAAAUAUCUAAAAAUCAAAACUUGGAAUCAUACAAAUUUUAACAAUUCUGCCAUCUCCAUCAAUUUAUCAAGUAAAAAAGUUGGCAUUUAUUUAUCGCAAUUCUAAAAGGAGCUACAUUGUAAUUUUAUAACAAUUAAUAACAGAAAAAAACAUUGCUGCUAAGUGCAAGAACAUUAAUAAUAAUUACAAAAUUUUGAGAGUCUAACCAUUUUGUGUUUUCAAGGCUUACGUAUUUUCUAACCAACUAAUAUAUAAGCGCUGAAUAAAUGUUCCAAAUUAAACACGCCUAUGAUCUGCUCGCGGACAAUACAUAUUUCUGUUCGUUCAAAGGGUCACGCAGUACAAUUAUUGAUUUUUUGCUCGAAUUAUGUGUAAAAUAUGGAAAAACAUAUAGCUGAUCUUCAGAAAGAAAAUUUUAAAAGUGAAUAUCUUCCUACAAAAUGAAAAGCGUUGCGUAAGUCUUAGAAAAUUUGUUAAAAUGUACACAACCGGAAAUUGUUAGUACUUUAAAAAAUUGAUUGUAAAAUCAUAUCGAUAUAGUCGCUGUAAGUGGCAUGAAACGAUUAAUAUUCGGCCAUUUGAUAAGUAUGUAUUAUUUUGAGUUUUGAAUGUGAAUAAAAUAAAAACUUAACUGAGUGUAUUCAUUGAUUGAAGGCAUUAUUUGCACAUAUGUAAAUACUCAUAUAUGGAGUAAUAUAUGAAGUUAUCGAAAGACGUACUGCGUUUCAUUUCUGUGACGUAUAAUAGCAUCGUAUUAUAACACAUGAAAAUUAAAAAGAAAAUGUAAAGCUUAUAGAAUCGUUUCUAAUUAUUAUGAAUUUCAUGGUAAAAUGUUUUAAGGUGUUUUUUUCACAUGUCAUUUUUGGAUUUGAAACGAACUGUACAAGGAAAACAAGAUUUUGAUGUUUCGAUUUAAAAGACAAAAUGUUUAAAAAUGUGAUUACAACAUCUUCAUUGUAUAAAAAACUUAACAUUGUUUUUUGUUGUUGAUAUCGAAGGAAUAUAAUUUAUAGUACAAUUAAAUUCUAAAAUUUGAAAAAAGUACUGUGAGAAAAAACGCACCAGAAAGGUACGAAAUUCAAAACGGUAAAAUACAAUGUUACCAAUUUUCGACGGGUUUAGAUAUAUUCUAGUAAUUGUAUAGGUUAUUUUUUAUUCAAAUGGUCUGUAUAAGAAUUUUUCAGCACAAGCACUGAUACGAAUUCUAUUAAAUAAAACAUAGUAGUUUAGAGUUCCCGCUGUAGGCGAUUUUUCAUUGUUUUUGUUUGAAUUAGAUGUUCAUAUUUAUAAUGUCUGUUACAAAAAUGUUGAGAAAAGUAUACUGACAAGUAACUGA